GCUCAACAGCGGGCACCGCGUCAUCUGGCAAGACAGUGGGCACCAAGUCACCAGGCACGACAGUGGGACUCUGAGUCAAUUGGCACGACAGCGGGCACCGGGUCAUCAGGUACCGGAUUGUCUGGCUCGACAGCGGGCAUCGGGUCACCAGGUAUGACAAGCGGGCACUGGGUCACCAGGCAUCAGGUCAUUUGGCUUGCCAGCGGGCACCGCGUCAUCUGGCAAGGCAGUGGGCACCGGGUCACCAGGCAUUGGAUCGUUUGGCUCGACAGCGGGCAUCGGGUCACCAGGCAUCAGGUCAUUUGGAUCGCCAGCGGGCACCGCGUCAUCUGGCAAGGCAGUGGGCACCGAGUCACCAGGUACGACAGCGGGCUCUGAGUCAAUUGGCAUGACAGCGGGCACCGGAUCAGGUACUGGAUCAUCUGGAUCAACAGCGGGCAUCGAGUCAACUGGC